AUGAUCACCAGCCUCGUCCGGAGCAACAUCGACAGUAUCGGGCCCGUCAGCGGCGGUACCAGCAGCACCAGCACCAGCACCAGCACCAGCACCAGCACCAGCACCAGCACCAACGCCACCACUCUCCGACGACGCGGCCGACCCGCGAUCGACUGGACACUCUCCCGGAAGAGACGGCUGCUGAGACUGUACUUGUGCACGCCGGAGGCGGAAUUGUCGUUGAAGAAGAUCUUGACGAUACUUUCUGAGGAGGGGUUUCGGCCAAAACCGCGGCAUACGCAAUGCCUCCUCAACGAUAUGCUGUCCAAAUCAUACCGUCAAAAGCGGCCCAAGAACCGAGUGGCCAUGGACGAGCGUCUCGCAUAUCUCCGAUCGAUUCGUGAUGGCACCCUGAGAGCCCUGCCCUGCACUGACAUAACAACGGCCAACGCCGACCCCGACACAGUUCCACGACGAGCAGUCAUCAAGACCUGCGCCAUCCUCCUCCGGCCUAACCCCACAGCGGGUGUAUCUAGGAGUCCACGGCCAGGGGGAAGAGAAGGCGAAGACGAAGACUCAACCGGCGGUGAACUUGAUGAUGGAGACUCGCCAUGUUCGCCCCUAGACCUGCGACCCCGUCGAACAUUCGAUAACAUGCCGAAGCGUGAGUCUCCACUGGAGGAAACAGCCGGAAACCCCAGGGCAGGAUCGCUAGACGACAGCGAGGGCGAAAUCUCAACAGGCGGGGGGCAAGAACCAGGGCCGUCGCCCGCCAUCUUCAGAAACCCCUGGGGCGGGCCAUCAGACGACAUCCGAUACGAACAGAUCGGGAACCUUCGAGAACGAUGUCGGAGCCGGUCAUCAUCGUUCUUGGCGGACGUGGCAAGCCUGUUGAGCGGCCUGUCUAUCCGGUCCAGUCUGUCGCAGUCGUCGGUGAGUGUGUCGUCGAGCCGCUGUGGAGGGUCAAUUUCGUUCGGGGGGGAGGAGCGCACCGGUUCGGUAGUCGAGAUACGCGGGGACUGGGGCGGAAGGCCAUCUGUCGGGGGCGAGUCGGCGACGGGGAGUUUCAGCUGGCCGGUAACUGCCGAGCAUGCGCCGCUGUCGUCAACGGUUUGGACGAGUCACGCAACGAGGGACUUGUUUAGCGACUACCGAUCCUACUACAAUCUCCCGCAGGACUGGGAAGACAACUCCCACACGCAGGAAAACCAGGAACUCGUCCGCUUUUGCUGCAGCAAAACGACGUGGUGCAUUCACAAACGCAUCAACGCCAUCCUGAUGCACGGCAGCCCCGCAGAGUCGUUCACCUGCACCGCAGCAGAGGCCAGCGGCUGUGAUGCGCUCGGCAACACGGCCCUCCACGUUGCUGCGCGAUGGGCAGCGCCGGCGCCUGUCUUGUCGCGGAUCAUGGCCGUGUCGUCGAACCCCAGCGCCGUCAACCACUGCGGCGAAACCUUCUUCCACGUCUUGGACCCGUCUUCACUCAGGCCACAAGACAUGGCCCACAUCACCCGGUAUCUCGUCACCAGGAGCUUCUGCUUCGCCCAGCCCGACGAAACAGGUCAAACGUGCAUCUCCCGCCUGCUCUCCCGUGCUUCGUUUUCGCUGGAAUCCCUCGAAGCCAUAUUCGGCAGCCUUCCGACAGCAGACCGGCUUACUCUGUUUCUCCCCGGCCCGCACCGGCUCGUCGAUGCUGUCCGCACGCGCCUGCUCGUCGAUCCGACGCAAACCAUGGCUUCGAUUGCGGAAUACACCAGAUAUUUCUCUGCUCGGUAUGGAGAAGCGUCGGACUUUUCGGGUCAACCUCUUGCCGUAUCUAGAUGA